AUGGGUAACAAUUGCAUUAAAAACAAAGAAAAUCAAUUAUUAAAACUAAAAGGAGGGUAUCCACUGAUCACUCCUUAGAAAUAGCAUUCUAUUCAAUAAUUCACAUACGAUAUGAAACUUAAUUUAGAUUCUUUCGAAGAUGAAUUUUUUUAAAAGGAUUACUAAAUCAAUCAACAAGUUUAGCAAGAUAGAUCAAGAAUUCAACAAAAAGAUUCUAUAGAUUUCGUUAUAGAAGAACCCAUAUUUCAUAAUUAAAGUAGAAAGAAUUAUUUUAUCUAAAGAAAUAAUUCAGCACCUGUGAAAAAAACGAGAAAACGCCCUUAUCAUAGUAUGAAUUGCAGCAAGUAUAUUAUUUAUGAAAUUCCUAAAUGUUCAAAUCAAAAGAAAAUAAAAUCAAAUAGCAGAUCACUCUCAAAAAAUAUAUAGCCUUAAUUCAUUCAAAAAAUUGAAGGUCAUAAACCAAGAAAAUCAAAUAAUCAUUUAUCAAACAAACUAUAAAAGCUUUCAUUUAAUUAAAUAAAAACAGAUUAAAGAAUUGAAUAAGGAAAAAAAAAGAAAGAUAAGUCUUGCUAAUUUUAGGAUUCUGUAAAAAUUAUAUUCUGA